CCUCCCCUCCCAGUGGUCCAGAGCUCCAGUUCUGACAAGAACAUUCCCCUGGUGGUCACAGCUCAGAGCUGCAGCUUCAGGUAGCAGCAGCUCAACUGUGGUGAUCUGCCCCCCCACCUCAGGAAGAUGAACGUGACAGCUCGCACAACCCACACCUCAGCGGACACACAAUGGUGGACGAGAAGAUGGAGAUGGAGAUGGCUGAGGUUGGGACGUCUCUCGUGUCCUCGGAGGCGAAGACGCCUCCGGCCAGACAUCCCAACAAGUUUGAGAGGGUGUUUCAGCCGUGCCUGGGCGAGCUGGUGGGGACUGCUUUCUUUGUGUUCAUCGGUUGUGUGUCGGUCAUCGAGAACGUGGAGAAUGUGGGGAGGCUGCAGCCGGCUCUGGUGCACGGACUGGCUGUGGCUGUCCUGGUGGCUUGUAUGGCUGAGAUCAGUGGCUCCCACUUCAACCCUCCGUUCACCCUGGCCAUCUUUCUGUGUGGAGGGUUAGACACGUACAUGGUGAUCCCUUACCUCGCCUGUCAGCUGAUUGGAGGGGUGCUUGGAGCCGCUAUGGCAAAGGCGAUGACCUCGGUGGAGAACUACACCAAAGCCCAAGGAGCUGCAUUUGCUCUGCUGCAGUCGAACAGUGAGAUAGGACGCGCUCUAUUUGCCGAGGUGGCCAUGACCUGCCUGAUCACCAUGGUGCUGCUGCUGGGGGCUGUCAACGUCAAGACCAGGAACCCCAUGGUGCCCUUCAUGGUGGGCUGCACGGUCAUCUUCAACAUCUUGGCUGGUGGAGAUGUAUCCGGCACCUGUAUGAACCCAGCCAGAGCCUUCGGUCCAGCUUUAGUGAGCAACUACUGGACUUAUCACUGGGUCUACUGGGUGGGACCCAUCGCAGGAGGCCUGAUAGCAACUCUGCUCGUUCGACUCCUGCUUGGAGACAGGAAGAUGCGACUCAUUCUGAAAUGAGGGCCUCUGUACGUGAACUUAAAGGGAACAAAUCAUGAGUGAAUGUAAUAUAUCUGCCUCCUUUGUACACGAUUAUACUUCCUUUCUAUACAAUAAAAAUGA